CUAAAUCUCCUUCCCUGCAGCGCCUUGAAGCCAAUCGAUAUCCGUCUUCAGAGCAACUUCAUUCAGUUCUUGAGAAACAAACGAAGGGCCAAUAUGCAUUCUAUUUUUCGAACUAUCAUCCUAGGUAUCAUAACCUUGGCUCUUUUGCAUCGCCAAGUCUCAGCACAGCAUAGUCAUGCUGUCUUUUGGGAGCACAGCUUCUACGGGGGUCGAUGCUUGAUGUGUCCUAUCUACGAGUACAACCGCUGCUAUACAAUUGACAUGUCGGGCAAAGGUCUGGGCGGAGUCUCUUCUUUUUCAUUCUUCAACAACGAUUUCCUAAAAAAUAAGUUUGCCAUCACUUUUUACGACAAUUCGUUCUGCAGCGGCAAUUGGUUCCGAAAGAGCAGGCGGAUCAAUCCUCUGACUGGUUAUGAGCUUGACAAUAUGGCUGGCUAUAAUGACCGUGUCAUCUCGUUCAAGAUUGCAGACUAUGAACUGAGCAACACUCAAGGAUAUAAUGAAGUUGGUGAAGCGCCUACCUAUAGCGAAUGCUGGGAAGGCGAUGCUAAAAAGCACUGUGCUGGGCCAUAAUCCUUUAUAGUCAUCUGUUCCUACAUAGAUUUAUAAAUUUAUGGAUUUUGCCUCUCUUUUUUAUUUUUUUAAAAAAAAGCAAAAUAAGAGAAUGAAAGAUUAAAGUAAAUAGAAGCAUAAUCAUUUAGUCCCCAAGCCCUUGUAACUUGCCAAUAAAAAAAAUAAAAAGAGGGAGG